AUGGGGGCACAACAAAAGAUACAGAAGGUACCAAGUCUCCCGUACUAUAACUCCAUUUUCUCUUCUACACCUCCUGUAACGAAGCUUUUACUUAAAAACCUCUACGCCCAGAGGAGAUGCAAAAAAGCUGGACGUCAUGGAGAAGAUCAUUGA